AUGGAAGGACUGCGUCCAAGUUGCGCAGUGAAGGCGAUCAUAGUAAUCGUGGUCUCUUCCGUGUGGUUCCGCUGCGUCGACUGUGCACCAACCAACCACUCCGUCGGAGGUCCGACCGGUUGGAAUCUUGCUUCCGACCUCCAUACAUGGGCUGCUUCCACCACAUUUCACGCCGGCGACAAUCUAGUGUUCAGCUACUGGCCGACCCACGACGUGCUAGAAGUCAACCAAGCAGAUUACGCCACGUGUCGGACCGUGAACCCGAUCAGCGUGCACAGUGAUGGGAAGACUGUGAUACAGCUGCAGGAAGGUGGGACCACCAGGUUCUUCAUUUGUGGGAGACGUCGCCACUGUGCCAUGGGACUCAAACUUGAGGUGCAUGUCCUUUCUGACUCUGAUCAGGCCGUAUCCUCGUCAUCACCUUCCCCCGCACCCUCCUUACCCAAUCCCGCUGACGCCCCAGCUGGUUCAGGAGGAGAAGGCAGCAUGGGAGGCCGGCGACGAGGAGGCGGCAGCCUUGGCAGAAGGAGUCCUCCUCCGCUGCCGCCGCCUCCUCCUCCAGCUUCUUCAGGUAAAAGUCCUCCUGCAGGUGGUCAUGAUCAUGCUCCAGCUCCACAAGUACCAGCUGUCGAUAAUGAGAAAUCUGCUCCCGCUCCUGACAGCUGCCACUGUUCUGGAGUUGCUUCUGAUCACACCAAACUCGGCAGUGCCAUCUGGGCGGUUGAUGCUGGGGGAUUCUUUCUCAGCUGCUUCUUGGCCCUGAUCUCACAGCACUACCUGUGA